AUGACAAAUGUGUAUAUAAACAAUUGUGAGGCGAUUGUGGGCUUACAUAAGGAAGAACAACCUCAAGACCCUGUUAACAAACGGAAGAUCAUAUGUGAUGAUGCGUUGCGUGUGUUUUUCGAGACUGAUUGCACUGACAUGUUCAAGAUGAAUAAGUUGCUUGCUAAGCAUAUUCUCCCGCUUGAUCCAUCCAAGGACUCUGGUCAAGUGAAACGGGCAAAAGCUGAGGUUGAGACUGAGACCACAGAGCAUGUUACUUCAACUUCAACUGUUGCGUUAUCCGAGCCACUUACUAAGUUCUUUGGCACUGGUGAGACAGAGAUGAAGAACGAAGAGAUUAUUAGCCGUGUUUGGGAAUACAUAAAACUCAACAGUUUAGAGGACCCGGUAAAUCCACUGGCUAUUCAGUGUGAUGAAAAGCUCCGAGAUCUUCUUGGAUGUGAAAGCAUUUCACCUGUGGGGGUCAAUGAGAUGCUGAGACGCCAUAUGUACAAACCGUCUUGA